ACAGAGAAGAGAGAAGAGAGAGAGAGAGAGGAGAUGGCGGAGCUAGAGAGCUCCAAUGUGAUGCCGAAGCUGAUCAGUUUCCUCUCAUCUCUCCUUCAGCGCGCGGCGGAGUCGAACGAUCUCAAUCCUUCGCUCGACGCGCAGAAGAUCUCGGUCUUCCACGGCCUCACGCGGCCGACGAUUUCGAUCGAGACCUAUCUCCACAGGAUCUUCAAGUACGCCAACUGCAGCUCCUCCUGCUACAUUGUCGCCUACGUCUACCUCGAUCGCUUCACGCAGCGCCUCCCCCUCAAUUCCUUCAACGUCCACCGAUUGCUCAUCACCAGCGUCAUGCUCUCCGCCAAAUUCAUGGACGACAUGUAUUACAACAAUGCAUAUUAUGCUAAAGUGGGAGGGAUCAGCACAACAGAGAUGAACUUCCUAGAACUGGAUUUCCUGUUUGGAUUGGGGUUCCAUUUGAAUGUAACUCCAUCAACUUUCCACACAUAUUGCUCCUACCUCCAGAGGGAGAUGAUGAUGCAGCCUCAGCCUCAGCUCAGCAUUGCCGACGAAUCGUCUCUGUAUACCGCAAGGUCAUCAAAGCUACUCCAUUUGUGUUUUAAUGAAGAUGAAGCAUCCCAUCAACAGCAACAACAGCAGCUUGCUGUUUAAGGUUUAAUUACUGUAGCUUAGGGUAGAGAUUAGUUAUAGUUUUAAUCAAGUCAUUUUUGUGCUGCCAUUGAAUGCCCAUUUCACUGUAUUUGGUUAUGUUGUCACUGUUAUCUUGUUGUGAAAGUGGAUGUUUUUGGGAAUAUUUUGGUUAUUAGUCCAUUGGAAUGUACAGUUGGGUUGUUUCUUC